GCCUGUUACAUGCCAGUUCCAAGUGCUCUAGCUGAGCGGGCAAGGCCAAAGCUUUUGAAUCUGUCAGUCAGUGGGACCUGCUUCCGAAGGUCUCUUCUGAAAUGUACAUGGUUUUCUGCAUAUACUAAGGUAUCAGCUCCCCAAGGCACCUAUUUUCUUUAACUUAUUAGACUGGUUGCAAGGACUGUAAACAGCAGGAGCCGAUUGGGCACAAUGCCUCUUCUCCAUCAUCCAUUCGGUCUGGGCUGCCAUUCCACAACAUAUCAGUGUAAUGGAGGUGAGGACAAAGAAGCCGAGUUCUUCUUUUCCUUUCAGACAGACUGGGGCUAUUCUUGGAGUCUUCUGAAAGCUCAGCUGUUUAACCUGUUGGCAGCUACAAAACAAAAUUUGGGUCAGCAGAAGCAGCAAAAGAGAAAGAAUUAUGGGGGGAAAGAACUCCAAGGACCAAAGAGAGGAAAGCACAAGGUCAUCAAAGAGAAGCCAGAAGCUACCUCUUUGGGAAGAAACUCUACUUUCUGGAAAAGAUCCCAGAACACUGUUAAAGCGUGGGCUCCACUAUGUCAACCUGAACCUCGUCAUGAAGGGGAUGAUAAAGACACCUAACUUUUUAUGGGGACUACCACAAGUCCAGAAAUUGAAUCUUUCACACAACCAGCUGGUGGCCCUUCCUCCCGCUUUGGGGAAACUUGAGCAGCUGGUGGUACUGAACUUGUGUGGGAACCGCAUAAAGUCCCUACCUAAAGAGAUUGGACUGCUUAGGAAUCUGAAGGUUUUAUUUGUCAAUAUGAAUUGCUUGACUGAAGUCCCGUUGGAGCUUGGACACUGUAAGAAGUUGGAAAUUUUGAGCCUCUCACAUAAUUAUAUCUCUUGGCUCCCUUCUAGCAUUGCAGAACUGGUCAACUUAAGGAAGCUGAACCUGAGCAACAAUUGGUUUGUUUAUCUUCCCAUGAGUGUGUUUGCUUUGAUAAAUUUGGAUUUUUUACAUGUAGGCUGCAACAAACUUGAAAAUAUUGGAGACAGCGUCCAGUUUCUAAGCAAAUUGCAGAUCCUGAUUGCUGACUAUAACAACAUUCAUGCAUUGCCAAGGUCUAUCUGCUCAAUCACUUCUCUCAAAUUGCUAAAUGUUGAUUACAAUGCUAUACAAGUACUUCCCUAUGAACUUUAUUUGCUGCAUCGAUUGCCCAAAAUUGCUUGGAAUCCUCUGGAUAAGGGACUCCAUAUUUUGCACAAUCCUUUAUCAAAACCAUUGCCACAGGUUAUAGAUGGAGGAAUAAAUGCACUCUACAAAUAUCUUAAAGACAAAAAUCAGCUUGCAUAAAUUUAUACCUUGGUUUGGAAUAGAUCUGGUAGUAAAGCCUCAACUUCUGCCACAUGUUUUUUCUAGUCAAUGUACAAAAUGGAUACUGGAAUAAAAUUAUAGUUGUUUUU